AUGAAUGUCUUGUUGUCCUUUUUUGUCUUUCUCAUUUUUAAUGUUCACCCGUGGGUGAAAUCUGCAACAGAGAAUUUAAGGGUAUCCAAGUAUAACACGGCAGGAAUUUCCACCAUCAUUCUCAAGGGGGGUUACAUCAACAGACAAUUCAUUGGAGAAAUAUGCAUUGGAAGUCCCCCCCAGGCGUUCAAGGUCCUAUUUGAUACUGGAAGUACAAACUUGUGGAUCCCAUCGAAAAACUGCCAAACGCAGGCCUGCCAUAGCAAAAGAAAAUACGACCACAGAAUUUCCAAAAAUUACAAAUCAGUCUACAAAAAGAACCCCGUGGAAGUUUUCUUUGGUACAGGCAAAAUACAAAUCGCUUACGUUUCUGAUGAUAUUCACUUGGGAGACAUUACGGUAAAAAACCAGGAGUUUGGAGUAGCCAGUUAUAUAUCCGAUGACCCUUUUUCGGAUAUGAAAUUCGAUGGCCUAUUCGGCCUAGGCAUUUCCGAUGAUAAAAGGAGAAAAACGUUGAUCUAUGACAACAUACCAAGGGGCCGGUCAAAAAAAAACGUGUUCUCGAUUUACUACCCCAAAAAUGUGGACGACGAUGGCGCGAUAACCUUCGGGGGAUACCAUAAAAAAUUUAUCCAACCCAACGAAAACAUCGACUGGUUUGACGUUUCGUCCAGAAAAUACUGGGCAGUCAAAAUGAUAGGACUGAAAAUAAAUGGAGUAUUCCUAGACGUGUGUUCCAAAAAUAUAGGUGGCUACUGCGAAGCAGUCAUUGAUACAGGCACGUCGAGCAUCGCUGGGCCCAAAGACGACUUAAUUUUAUUAACUAGAUUGCUAAACCCUAGGAGGAACUGCCACAACAGGGCACUACUAAAAAGAUUUUCUUUCCUUUUAAGUGAUGAAAAUGGCGAACAAAAGGAAUACGAAUUAACGCCGCAGGAUUACAUAGUUGAAUCGUUCAGAGUCGACCCUGUUUUGAAGUCCCCCUGCAACUUCGCCUUCAUGCCAAUUAAUAUUUCUUCGGCUAAUAGAUAUUUAUAUAUUCUUGGACAAAUAUUUUUGCAAAAGUAUUAUGCAAUAUUUGAAAAGGACAAAAUGAAAAUUGGUAAUACUUAA